GUAUAGUAAGAAUUAAUAAAUAAUACAAGAAUAAAAUCAAUUCCCCUUCCCUCAAGAGUCAUAUACACUUUGCAGUGAAGCUGACAGCCUCCAUCUGGACAAGCGCAUGUCUGCCUACAACAGGGCUCCGUCAGAUUUAAUCGGGAGCACUUAAACGAAAUCAACAACAGCAACAUUUCACCAGCGACUGUAAUACUUGCAGGAGUUUGUAGCACACGACGGGCUACUUGUUAGUCAUUUUGAAGUGUUGCUUCUCAAGUUUCAAACCGCAUUGCAGCUAGCUUAUGGGGAAGUCUCAUCAUGACCAUUACCAUCUCUCAUGUGUAAAUUCAAUAGGAUGCAGUAGAAGUAGCAACCAGCAGCACCCCUGGGGGACAUUCAACAAAUGGGCCCAACCCGAUUGUUGUUCUGAGUGCGCGUUGUGGUAUAUAUAGGCAGCUCACAGUCUGGCGUGGAUUUAGCUGCAAGGCACUCGGCUAAGAUAGGUGAGAGGACUCGUGCACGGAUGGCUGUAACGCCCGAGUAGAGUCUCAGGUUGAACGGGAGCAAAAGCGUGAACAAGUAUCCGCGUACGCAAGUUAAGUCAACACGGCAGCAAUCAUUGGCCAGCCAACGUUGGCUCACGCAUCGGUGAAGAAUGACAUUAAAAUAGCAGAUUUAUUAGUUAUUUUUCAGUAAUAUACCGUAAAGUGACAACGGAAGAUAACGAUGCCAAACAGUUUCAGAGAGAUAAGAGUGCGCUCAGGCUGUAUAUACAGAACUGAAUUUGUUUUUUCUGUUGGCAAUUUUACGUGGAAUAUAUUAAAUUAGAUCCUUAAAAAUAUAAUGUCGAAGACUAGCUAUAUCCUGCCAAUCAUCUGGGGAUACGGUUGCAUUUAAACGCUACGUAAAUUGUAUUGUACGUAUAAAUGGUUGCCUGCGGCAGAAAUAUCAACAUCAGCUCUUUAUAGUGGGAUUCUAACACAUUUUGAUCUUUUACGAUCAACAUUAACCGCUGUAGCGCAGAAUAUAUUUAUCAAUAUAUCAGGAGAGGCAAUGGGUCGAAGCAAAUUGCAUUACACAUCAUGGGCGAUGAGUCUCAUGAGUCACCCAAGUGUGGGUUUUUUGUAACAGCUGCGAAUUUGGGUAAAAUGGUCAUUCAAUAAAUCCAGAGCCAAAACCACGAAUCCAAUUCUCCGACUGAAAAUUUGCUGUCUUCCUCUCCAUCGAGACCCAUAGACAAUUUCCCGCUGUUUUCGGUCCAACCACAAGACUGGCAUUGCAGAGGAAUUCAAUUUGUGUUUACUGUUUGAAUCAAUAAUUUUUCCAAUCAAGACGAGCCACCUUCCUGUACAAAAAAAAUACUCAUCGAACAAGACCGAAGUCGACGACUUAUAAUAGUGCAGGCAGGCACAGCGACUGGAUCACUGACGCAUGCCGAUGUGGGCAUAGCCGGCAAUAAACAAAAGCUGCCAAAGAUGAAGUGGCAGGCAGUGUUGACCUUGCUGGGCGUUGUGGUGCUAUACCUGUUCGGAGGAGCGCUGGUCUUCAGAGCGCUGGAGAGGCCCUACGAAAUGCAGCAGCGAAACCACCUGGUCAUCGCCAAGGAAUCUUUCCUGGAUACGCACAAGUGCGUGAAGCCUGAAGACAUGCAGAAUCUGCUGAAGUGCCUGAACCUGUGGCAGACGGUGGUGGAGGUGAUGGGAGCUGGCGUUAAUCCAAUCUCCAACAACACCAACAACACCGGAGUCAGCAUAUGGGACAUCGGAGAUGCCAUCUUCUUUGCUGGCACCGUCCUCACCACCAUCGGCUACGGCAGUCCGUCCCCCAGUACGGAGGGCGGCCGCACCUUCUGCACGGUGUAUGCCCUGUUCGGCAUCCCCCUCUUCGGCUUCCUGCUCGCGGGGGUGGGCGACCAGCUCGGCUCGCUCAUCGGACGGGGCAUCGGGCACGUGGAGCGCCUCUUCAUGCGCUGGAACGUGAGCGCGGACCGGAUCCGUGUCAUCUCGGCGCUGCUCUUCAUCCUCGUGGGGCUGAUGCUCUUUGGAGGGGUUCCCAUCGCCGUGUUCAUGCACAUCGAGGAAUGGAGCACGCUGGAAGCCGUCUACUUUGUGGUCGUCACGCUCACCACCAUCGGUUUCGGAGACUUUGUGGCCGGCAGCAAACCGGAUCGAAUCUACUUUGAUGGAUACAAGCCACUCGUGUGGCUGUGGGUGCUGGUGGGCAUGGCGUACUUUGCGGCUCUACUCUGCAUGAUCGGGGACUGGCUGCGUGCCCUCUCAGAGCGCACCCGCAGCAGCAUGGGUGACAUCACCUCCCAGGCCGUGCAGUGGUCUGGCCUCAAGGAGCAGGUCUCCGCCACCGACCUGCUGACCCCCAAGUUGCACAAGGUCGCCGGUGCCCUGCUGCCCCUCGACCUGCUCGAGAAGGGAGGUCCAACGGGCACCGACGGGCCACAGCAGGCUGGCGAUGGCGGUGAAGCCGGCUCGGAUUCCCCCGAAGCCACAGGGCCCAGAAUGCUGGGCAAGGCGCUGGGUCGCAAGUGCAAGGGCGAAGAGGUCAAGCGACCCUGGGUCGGCACAGGGAUUGAGGAGGCUAAUAAGGCAGUCGCGUUGGUUCAGAAGGGAUCCAAGCCAGCUGUUUAGUCGAUAGAGCUGGGGACAUUAAUCGAUUAACUGCAGAUUUUAAUCUACUAGUUAUUUUGUGGACUAUUACUUGGGCCCCUUUUGAAAGCUAAGGACAAUCAAUGCUCAAUUCAAGUUAUUCUAUGCUUCUUUCUAUUUAUCAAAAAACCCCACGACACAAGUUAUGUAAACUUUCCUGAAUACGCAGUUGAUGAUACAGAUGACGUCACCAAAGACCAUCCAUCACAUCUUGUCUAGCGGCAUACAUGGCAAAACAGUUUAGAACUUUCCCCCCAACUAUUUAGGAGUUCUCUGAUUCGUUAAGUGAUCGAAACAAUAAUCGGUUAUCGAUUACAGCACUUAACAAAUCAAAUUUUCCCAGAUAUAGCCCUUUGCCAUUCAACAGUGAAGUUGAGAUUUGUGGUCGCUCAAAUUGCAGCGAUUAUAUGAACCCAGAACUGUUUGCAUUUAAAAGUAGCAAUGAAUUCAUACUUAGUUAUCAGGUUUUUUAUUUUUAUUUGUUAUAAUUCUGGUUUAACAGCAGGGUUUUCACCAACAAGUUAAGGGUCGACAGUCAAAUAUUGUCAGCAUGUAUGCAAAAUGGGGAGGCCUACAUCUAACAGUGCAUUCUCGCAAGCCUAUACAUUUUUAUUUUGCAAUAACUGGACUAUAGAGAAAAAACUGGAGCAAAUGUGAAUGGCCCAACUGCAUGGAGUUUUUACACUGAAAUGGUAUAGACUUUGAUGGGAAAUAUGCUGUAUAAGAAUUGUUUUGCAGUCAAUUGUAGGUUUAACUGGAAAAUGUGUAUAUGUUAAAGGACAUUUUGAAAUAACUGCAUGAUGGAGAGUAAUGGCCCGUACACGAAAUGAUAAGAUUUAAUCAUAAGUGGUUGUAUUGAGCAUAUUAUAUUGGCCUUAUAUGAUACAUUGGCCUUGUUUGUGCCUACCCUGCAUGCACUUUCUUUUUUGGUGAGUUUCUAAUCGUUUACAUAAAGUCUUACAUAUUUUUUCUGUUACAUUGGUCUUUCAUACACAAAAUAGCUAAUUAAAGACACCCAAUACCCUUUAUUUGUACCUAUUUCUAAAAUUUGCAGGGCACUAUAAUCAAUGUUUGACUGAGGCCCUAACUCUAACCUUACACAAAUGAGGGGCCCACAAUGAUGGAGUAAGGGGCACCGUGUGGCUUUUGCCCCGGGCCUCUAGGGACAUUUGGGACGUGCCGAGAAUAUACGUAUGCUGUACUGCACUCGUGUUUUAUUUGAAAGAAUGUAGACUUUGCAACGGUUAGCUUUUUUUCUUCUUUCUUUUAUUAAAGUACUAUCCAUGAACAAUUGUACAAAUGUUGAUUAAAUCGUUUUAAAAUGGUGACAGCAUACCAAUCACUUCAAUUUAAGUAAUUCUACGAAAAAUGAGCUACUUGUCCUACAUGCACAUACAACGUACAUCUAAUAUUCCCUCACUUCAUCUCCAUUGAUAUCAACUAUCCUUGCCGUUAUGAAUUGGUUUUAAAAUGGUGACAGCACACCAAUCAUUUCAAUUGAAGUAAUUCUACGAAAGAUGAGCUACUUGUCCUACAUGCACAUACAACGUACAUAUAAUAUUCCCUCACUUCAUCUCCAUCGAUAUCAACUAUCCUUGCCGUUAUGAAUUGGUUUUAAAAUGGUGACAGCACAGCAAUCAUUGCAAUUGAAGUAAUUCUACGAAAGAUGAGCUACUUGUCUUACAUGCACAUACAAUGUACAUCUAAUAUUCCCUCACUUCAUAUCCAUUGACAUCAACUAUCCUUGCCGUUAUGUUUCUGCCUAUUCUAGUGGGUAUCCGAUGCCCGUGGUGGACAAUAUGGAAUAAGCAGCACUUCCCAUACACUAUCAAGUGAAAGAUAACCUAGUACAUUUGACGUAAUAUAAACACAUACAAAUGCAUAUUUUCACGUGUAUCCUUAGUAGCAGUGGUAUGUGAAUUGCAGUGAAAAGUAAGAUUGCAGUUGAAAUAUGCUUGUGCCUUUACCGUUAAUUAUAUUCUGUGAGAUAAUUUUAUUGUAAAUACAGUACGACUGUUGAAUGAAAUGUGUUUGCGAUGCCAUACUGACAAGUGCAUGCAUUAAAUGGUUAUGCAUGCACUUCCCAAUUAGCUUGGACAAAUUAUUUAAUUGCCGAAAUGAAUUCACUUACAAAUACGCGUGUGGCUUGUUCUGCUAAUACUCCAGCACACGAUGUCAGCCAUAAUUAUCAAAAAAAUUACGCGUUAAUUUACUGACAUACUUACAGCUGCAGAUGUCAUGCACUAUAUUGGAAGAAUGAUGACUUCUCACAAAAUGGUACUCGUUUUAUCGACCCCAGGAGGAGGAUGACUUACAAUAGGAAUAUUGCAAAUCCCAAUUUGGGGUGGUUAUUCUCAUUCCAUCAUGAGAAUAUUAGAUUUCUACCACUUGCCAAGGGCUGCCAUUGCUUGAGUAGUAAGCAAAUAUUAAUGCAGUAUUUGAAAUGGAUUGCAUAAUACUCAUCAGCUAUUGUUUGUUAUGGAGGGUUCCCCAAACAGUCUCAAUCCCUCAUGGUCCAGUGAUGCCACAAUCCAUUUAAUUCCUGCACCAUGAGCUGAUCUCAUCAACCCAGAUAUAUGCGGUAGAACAUUGUUAAACAUCAGCUGCAUUUGAACAAUAAACUCCUUGUUUCAAUGGGUUAUUGCCUGGCCAUAAUGCAACAGGAAUAUAUCCCAUAACGUUACUGCAGCGCUGCCUAAGGUUGCACUUUGGGUAUGUUUGAAAUAACCGUUUUUAUAACGUUUCACCAUAUACUGUAUAUCAGGAUGGAUUUUACAACGUUGUAGCAACGUUGCAUGUACGUUAUAUGAUAUAUUAUAUAGAGCUCCUAGAAAAAAAAGCUAAAUUUAAUUCCAAGUUCAAAAGUAUAAGUAGUUAUGUACACAUGUCCAGUAUGUGCUUUUUUCAUCUUCAAAACAUGAAUUAACUGCAUAAAUUCGAACUGGAUGCACGUAUUACAUAUUUACUUCCACUUCUCGUUAUACACGAAUGUAUGCGAGCGUAGACAUUCUUAUUGGUGGUUGAUGUGAAAUUAUCGCUUCAUUGAAGUUAACAAGUGGCCAGGGUUACGACUGCAACCUGUUGCUGGGGAGAGCAGACACCACAGUUACUGCUAUUCAAGUGCCAGACGCGAGUCCUGCAGUUAAAUGUCUAUGCAAUUAGUAGCAUAAAUAAGUUCUACUGUAUUUCUUAUUUUUUUAAAUACUGUAUUAGAAUGGUAACACAUUUGUAUGUGGAUCACGUUCGAAAUUAAUGUCGGGACAACUGGUGGUAACUUUGGGCUGCUAUUAAGGAACUUAAUUGGCUAAAAUGCAUUACUCCAACGUGCACUCACGUAACAUUGACAUACAAAUGCAUUUAUUCAAUUACUUACGUGUCUUGUGUAUCUGCGUGAAAGUCACGUGUAAAAGCAUUCGGUAAAUGAAUUGAUCCAUAUAUUUAGCGCAAUAUCGUGAUCCGUUAAUUUACCAUAAGAUUGUCCAUCUGCAAUCGUAAAUAUGGUUGUUCGAGAACGUUUGAAAUGCGAUAUCUAAAAUAUAGCAGUCCUUAAAAACAAGUUCAUGCGUUUUAGAUGUUUUUUUUGUAAGUAAAAGUUUGUUCAAAAUAACCAGUGGUUUAAACAAUAUGUUGAAGUAAAUUAUUGUGCCAAUUAA